CAAGCUGCAGCAGAUGAAGACCAAUACUGAGAUGAUCAUGAAGUGGAAGGACUAUAAUCUGAAGUGGAACCCCGAUGACUACAACGGUACCACCAGCAUCAGGAUACCCUACAGGAAUAUCUGGUUUCCCGACAUCAUCUUGGUGAAUACCGCGGACAGCAACUACGAGGCCAGCGUGCUCAACACAAACGCCAUCAUCACGCACCAGGGUGAGGUAGAACUACUAAGCCACGCCAUCCUCACCACAGUGUGUCUGAUGGAUGUGCAAUGGUAUCCCUUGCCGCCCCUGCGACUCCCCUUUGCCCGUGGCCCCUACGACAAUACAAAGAUCCGGUUGUACAGGGCCCCUGCCGCCCUCUCAAAGUUCAGACAGAACCCGGGAUUCUUCCUGGAGGACUUCUAUUCAAAAACUGGACGAGAAAACAACCCUUGCUGCCCCACCCAUUCCCCUAUCAGCUACUAUCUUCAGGUGCAGAGGAGGACCAUCUACUCCCUCUUCUUCUUCAUCAUGCCUGGUAUACUCAUCAACUUUUGUGGUGAGUGUAUCUCCAUCAUUUACCUCAUCACUACUCACUCACAUUACUCACUCAACCAGCUCACUUCACAACUAACUCGUAAUUUAGAGAGACAAUUUCAAGACAAACGUUACGAUGAAUGGAGAAUCUUCGUUGAUUCUUCUAAAAGAAGUUUAAAGGCUGUACUACUCUACAAUGGCAACGCAGCUGCAACUGUGCCACCACUCCACAUCAAAUUAGGGCUGUUGAAAAAUGUUGUGAAGGUCUUGAACAAGAAUGGAACUGCUUUCAAUUACCUGGAGUUAAAGUUUCCUCUUAUAAGUGAAGGUAAACUAAAGGCAGGAAUCUUUGUUGGUCCUCAGAUUCGGGAACUGAUGAAGAACAAGCAUUUUGAUAAAGCAUUAGCAGGUGUCGAGGGAAUCUUCUCGGUGGGCGGGAGCUUCUCCGUCAUGGCCAUGAGGAAGACCAUCAUAGCCAACAUUGAGUUGGUACCCAGGCCGAUCUUCUCUCCAGAUUCAGAGGGCAGCGAGAAGACCAUCAAGGCUGCGGGAGGAGGAGAAGUGUCAUCCACACCCCACACACACACACACGCACUCUCAGUUGUUCAAGGAGAUCGUGAUCCCAGGAAGGUGGAGCUUCUCUAA